GAGAGAGAGAGCGACAAGAGUAAACCUCGUAGUGGGAGUUGUUCAUCGGCGAGAAAUCGGAGACCGGAGACGAAGCUUUCGCUGUGAAGAUGUCGGGAGUCACCAAUCAGGAGGAAGACAAGAAGCCAGCGGAUCAAGGGGCUCACAUCAACCUGAAAGUCAAAGGCCAGGAUGGAAAUGAAGUUUUCUUUAGGAUAAAGAGAAGCACUCAAUUGAAGAAGCUCAUGAAUGCUUACUGUGAUCGACAGUCUGUUGAGUUCAACUCUAUUGCCUUUCUGUUUGACGGCCGCCGCCUUCGAGGGGAGCAGACUCCAGAUGAGUUGGAAAUGGAAGAUGGCGAUGAGGUUGAUGCCAUGCUUCACCAGACGGGAGGUAGCGUCGCCUAAAGUAUGGAAGCAAUAGGUAGUUUGUGUGAUAGGAUCGUAGGAUUAUUCAGGGUCUCGGAGGUGGUUUGUUUGUGAUUAUUAUGUCAGUUCUGGAAAAUUAUGGUACUCAUUUUACAUCUUGAUAUCAACAUCAGUAUCUAAAAGCUCUCUGAAAAUUAUCUUUUUUUGUGCAAUCAAAACUUUUCAGGAGCUACAUACAAAUUACUUCACAGGGUAUAGCUCUUGAAAAGGUUUAGAUUU